CAAGGCUGGGCGCAUGAACAGUCUGACGUCAUGAAAAGAAAACAAUAGGCGGGGUUGAAGAAAAGGAGGAAGACGACAGGUAAAGCAUAGAAGAUGGUAAAGGAGGAGAAUGAGUCGGCUAACCGGCCUGACAACACUGCCUUCACCCAGCAGAGGCUUCCAGCAUGGCAGCCUAUUCUGUCUGCUGGCAUCGUCAUCCCUGGGUUUACAAUCAUUGGUUUGGCCUUCAUUGGCAUCGGAGUUGCCCUCUUCAUCACCUCACGCAGCAUCCAAGUAUUAGAGCUUGAUUACACAGGUGCGGAGCAGAACUCGCCAUGCUUUACAUGCUCAAACCCUGCCGAGAGGAACUGCGUUUGCACACUACAGUUCUCCAUCAACAAGCUCUUUGAGGGGCCGGUGUUCUUUUAUUAUGGCUUGUCCAACUACUUCCAGAACUACAGAAGGUAUGGUGUCUCCAGAGAUGAUAACCAGCUUUACGGAGACCUGACGUCCUUCAAGGAACCCACCGAUCAAUGUGAGCCCUAUCGAUACAACGGCAACAAGCGACCGAUUGUGCCAUGUGGCUCGAUAGCAAACAGCAUGUUUAACGACACGUUCAACCUGUUUCAGAUCGUGAACGGCCAGCGGAAGGUCGUGCCUUUGGAUGGGAAAGGGAUUUCCUGGUGGACCGAUUACAAUGUUAAGUUCAGAAAUCCCACGAUCACACCUCUAAGGAAUGCAUUCAAUGAUACCGUGAAGCCACCGUUUUGGCCCAGACCGGCUUAUGAGCUGGACACGUCAGACCCGGCAAAUAACGGCUUCAUCAACCAAGAUUUCCUGGUGUGGAUGCGAACAGCCGCGCUGCCGGAUUUUCGCAAACUGUACCGGAGGAUCACAGAGGGGGAUUACGCCAAUGGCCUUCCGGCAGGAAACUACUCCCUGGAUAUCGCUUACAACUAUCCUGUGAUAAAAUUCAAAGGGAGAAAGAAGGUGGUGUUCAGCAACGUGUCCUGGAUGGGGGGCAAGAACGAGUUCCUGGGUAUCGCCUACCUGGUGAUCGGCUCGCUGUGCGUGGUCAUGGCGGUGGUCAUGCUUAUCGUCUACGCCAAAUUCAAGUUCCCCGAGGAGGAAUGAGAAAAUCAUUUGUUGAAAGUUUGAUGGCUAAUACGUAAAUGCCAGAAUUAGAACAGUAAUGCAAAGUCUGUACAGCCUUUUUUGAAUGUGUUCUAUGAUGAACUUUCUGCAUUGACUCAAGUGAUGAAGGCAGAUUUGCAUAGACAUGUUGCAUCUAAAUACUAUACGUUAUCUAAUUAUCUAAGUUUUUUUCCUCAGGGUGUUUUGUUUUUUUAAUGUACUUAUUCUAUUUUACACCAUAGGAUUUCUCAUUUUAAAUGAACAACCAUAUACACAUAUUUACUGUUACAAAAAUGGAAUCCAAUACCUUAAAAAUAUGGGGCAAUGGAAAUUUUA